CAAAAGUUUGGCUAUUAUUUUGAAAUGGGAAAAAGAUUUGGCUAAAAAAUAGUAUUUUCUCAAUUCAAAAAUACAUGCGUUCACAUUAGGUGGGCCAACCGUUCGGUAAAGCCGAACCGAAACCAAAUUAAACCGAACCAAAACCGAAAUAAUGCUAUUCGAUUCGGAAUUCGGUAGGAAAAUAUGGAUAUUUCAGAAAUCAGAGUUCUUUCAACCGAACCGAAAUUCCGACCAAAAAAUCGAAAUACUAUAAUUGCAACCUCCAAAUGGUGAAUUUUUAUGUUUAUAGUAGUUUUUAGACUUAAAUAUUUGAAAUGUUUUAUGACUUAUGUGUUGAAAAGUUUGAUUUUAUCAUUGAUGAUGCAUAUAAUUGCAUAUUAAUUGUUUAUAUUACUAUGAAAAUAAUUUAAAAGUAAGAAGAUAUAUAAUUGCAUAUUAAUUGUUUAUAUUAUGUGAAAAACCAAACCGAAUUAUAAUUCCGUUUAAACCGACCGAACCGAAUUAUAAUUCGGUUCAAUUUCGGUUUGAGGUUUGGGAGCAUUCGGGAACCCGAUAUUUAUAAUUUCGAUUCGGUCAAAAUCAAAUCAACCGAAUGCCCACCCCUAGUUCACAAAAAUACAUAUAUUUAAAAAUCGCCACUUCCAAACGAUACUGAAUUGGUGCGCUGACUGCCUGACUUCCACUCGUCAUUGUUGGGGAGGCGGGAGGCCCACGCUUGUUGAAGGAAAUAUGGGCUUCUUUGCCAAACUAUUGGGCCCCAGAAAUUGGUAGUUGGAGAAGCCCAAUAAACAAAACGAGAAAGCAAUUUAAAGAGGAUUCGCCGCCGGGAGGCGGAGGAGGACGAAUAAACUGCAGAAGUUUGGAAACUUCCCCGGCGAACUCAACUCAGCACUCUGCAGACGUUCUUCAUCUGCAGACCAUUCCUGCUUGAGGUUGGCUAAGAUUCUGAACAGGAUUUUUGUUCAAUCCCUCUUUGUUCCUUUACUUUCCUAGUGGAGGGCGAUCCGCCGUUUCACGCCUGGAAGAGCAGCAGUGGCUGAAAGUCUGAAACAGCCAUCGAUUGCCUUUCGGGUUUAGGGGACUUGACUUAAGAACUGAAACGAAUUGGAGAGGAGAAGGUAGAGCUGCUGUGGUGGAUUUUGUGCAUUCGUGGAGCUGCAAUUUCUUUCUAUUAGCCUAUAACAAUUAACAAAGCAUUGUGCUAUUGUUGAUAAUGGCAGCUUCUGGUAAGUAAAGAGGGGGAAGGGGGCAAAUGGGAUUUGAAGAUUACCAGGUGGGCUCGCUCCCAACUGUAUUAUAUGUGCCUCAGUUUGUCACAGAAGCUGAAGAGACUCAUCUCUUGGCCAAGAUAUAUGAAGCACCUUCAGCGAAAUGGAAAUCCUUGAAGAAUAGGAGACUGCAAAAUUGGGGCGGAGUUGUUCACGAAAAGGGUCUUCUGCCACAAGAACUGCCUCCUUGGUUAACAAAAAUCACGCAGCGAAUAAAUGAAGAAUCAGGACUCUUUCCUUCAGCGAUUAAUCAUGUUCUCAUCAAUGAAUACCUCCCAAGCCAAGGAAUAAGGCCACAUCAGGAUGGACCUGCUUAUUUUCCAGUGGCAGCUAUUCUUUCACUUGGAUCUCCUGCAGUUAUGGACUUCACUCCCCAUUCAAGGUUGAGAGCGUCCCCAGAUCCGCUGGAGGAUGAAGGAGGUGAAGGUAGACGAUAUCCCAGCAGCGAAACCUUGGAGGCCGAGACAGACAAGUGGAUUGAUGAUCACCGCCGUUUUUCUGUUGCACUUAUGCCUAGGAGCCUGCUGAUAUUCAAGGAUAAUGCCUAUUUAGAUUAUCUGCAUGGUAUCAAGGACACAGAGGUGCAUGAUUUUGUUAAGGCCGUAAAUGUGCAACAAAUCCUUGAUGCGGAGAAUACUUCGCAUGCUGUCAGAAGCACCGAGAUAAUGAGCAUUCAUCGAACCAGUACCCGAAUUUCGCUGACUUGUAGAUUGGUAUUGAAGGUUCAUAAGAAUUUGUUCAAGUUCUGAGGGUGCUGCCAUGUUCCUUUGCAAUAGACAAAUCUUUUAGCUAGGUACAUCUAUUCAUGACCUUGUUUUAAACUUCAAUGCAGAAUGUAGUGUUGAGAAUCUCGAAAUAAAGAUGUCAAAUUGAUGAUAUGGAAUCCUUGUUUGCUCAGAAAAUCGUCCUAGAACUUCGACAUAAAUCAACCUAAACACGGUACAUAUUAAAUAAAGUUAGGAAUGCACAAUUAGCAGCUUCAUUACAGGUAAACGCUUCCUACAACUAAAUCCGAGGAAUCAAACUACAAAAGGCAAACAUAAGAAGCAGCAAUCAAUGAUACUACAAGUGGUAAGUAACUAAUGCACACACGGAUCACAAUAACAAACAAACUAGAGUUCGGAGAGGAUAGCCGGGAUGUAAUGAGACAACUCGGCUGUAAGAGACUGAAACCCAUUCACUAGCUGCGUGUGGAACUCCUGGUCUUCCUCUCCGAUCAAUCGGAAGUGAACUCGAAUUGCACGCUUGCAAACUGCCAUGAAUUCGAGCAAUGCAGCAAUGAGUUGCUGGAGUUCUUGUGACCUCAGCCUUGUAGCUGGUUCACCAGAGAGAAAGGCCGUGCACACGCUCAAUACCCCACUGUUAACCUGUUAAACCCAGAAUUGGCAUUGUGAGAAUGUAAGUUUUGCCGCACAGCACCAAGCAACACAACACCAAUAAAGCAUGUGUUCGUUU